GGAACGCAAGACCGGAAGGGGCCGAUACAUGGCCACCGAAGGGCGGGGCCGGACUGGGCGGGGCCCGGCGGCCCUCCCGAAAGUGGCGGUUUGCUGGAGGCGGUUACCUAGGAAUCCCGAGUAGUUUGAAUGUGUGGCGACCUGUGCACCGGUGCUUGGUCGGUGCUAUCUCAGCAGGAGUGGGACCCCCGAGGCCUAAGAAACAGGCUUUUAUCUGGCUCGGGACUCCCCGGCAUUCAUCGCUUCCCUCCAUAACCGGAUAGCAGUUAUUUGGACUCAGCCUCAGACCCAGGGGUCACAUGCCAGGAAGGAUGGCCCCCCUCAAGAAGCCUCGAAAUGCCGCAAGGUUGCCCCUGGCUUUAAACCCCCUGAAGAGCAAGGACGUGUUGGCAGUGCUGGCCGAAAGGAACCAGGCUAUAGUGCCAGUUGGGGCCUGGGUGGAACCUGCCUUGCCAGAUAGUUCGGAAGUCCCAGCAUAUACUUCAGCAUAUAUGAUUGAAGAAGAACUAAAGGAACAACUAAGAAAAAAACAAGAAGCUCUGAAGCAUUUUCAGAGACAAGUCAAACGCCGAGUAAAUCAACAAAUCAGGUUGCGAAAAAAGCAUCAGCUUCAGAGAUCUUAUGAAGCAGCAGAAAAAGAAGGCUCUAUAGCCAUGCAGUCCUCAGAUCCAGCACAUUUAACUCCUAAAAGAACAAGUGUUUUUCCAAAGAACUUGAAUGCUGCAAUUGGAAGUGCUAGGUUACCUCCUUCCCAGGUGCUCGGGGAUGGACUAGAAGAUAGAGAGAAUCAGAAUGAAUUACUCCAACAACAAGCCCAGGCUCUUAGUCAAACCAUGAAACAGGCUCGUCACCGACUGGCAUCAUUUAAGACUGUGAACAAAAAAAAUGUGUCAGUGUUUCCAGAUGGUAGAAGAAAAACCUUUCCCCACCAAGAGGAACCUGACUCUGAGGAAUCUUCAUCUAUUUUGAUAGAUAAAAAAGGGAGAGAAAAUUUGUUUUGGGGAGACCAACAGGAUCUCCUUUCUGAAGACAGGGACAAACCUUUCAGCAGAGUUCAGAAAGCACAAUUCAAAAAUCCGUUAUUUGCUGUGAUGAAAGAGGAAGAGCAAAAGCAGUUAGAUCUUCAAGGCCUUCAGGAUAUUCUGCCAGAAGCCCAGGAUUAUCUUCCAGAAGCCCAAGGUGAUCUGCUGAAAAUCCAGGGUGAUUUGACAGGAGUCCAGAGUGUUGAGCUAGAAGCUAAGAGUAUUGAGCCAAGGCUCAGCACCCAGGUUGUUGAGGUGGAAGGCCAAGCCACUGAGCCUGAAGCCCAGGCUGUUGAGCCUGAAAUCCAGACCGUUGAGCCUGAAGCCCAGGCCGUUGAGCCUGAAGCCCAGGCUGUUGAACCUGAAGCCCAGGCCACUGAGCCUGAUGCCCAGGCUGUUAAGACAGAAACUCAGGAUAUUAUGCCAGAAGCCCAGAAUAUUGAACUAGAAGAUGGGAGUAUUGUGUCUGAAGUCCAAGAUUUGCUACCCAAAGAACAGUGUGUUCUUCCCACAGACCAGAAUGUUCUACUCAGAUGUCAGGACCAGGACUUUCUACCUAAAAACCAGGUUUUUCUACCCAAAGACCAGAAUAUUCUACCCAAAUGUCAGGACCAGCAUGUUCUCUCUGAAGACCAGAAUAUUCAGUCCAAAUUUCAGGACCAGGAUUUUCUACCCAGAGACCAACACCAGCAUUUUCUAUUCAGAGACCUGUGUGUUCUCCCCAGAGUACAGGAUUUUCCACCCAGAGAUCAGAAGGCAUAUUUGAAGCAGCCAGCAUCAAUUUUGACAGACAGGAGAGGGAGAGAGGGGUUUCCUCUGGAUGCCCAUCAGGAUCUUCUACACAGCAGUCAAGAUCAGACCUCCAUCAGGGACAAGAAAGUACGCUUCAAGGAGUCAUAUUCUGAUAUGUCAAGUGAGAAAGGGAGAGAAGGCUUUUCCCUGGCAAGUUAUCAGUACCUGCCUCCUAAACUCCAGGACUAUACCUUCAUCAGAGAUCAGAACAAGUGUCUCAAGCAACCUGCAUCUUUUGAGAAAUGGGAGAUUGAAAGAAGAAUUGUUUCUGGAGUGCCAUCGACCUUAUGCUUCAGGCAGCAGCCGUCUGUUGGGACAGCAGAAAGAUGGCAAGAGGAUUUGUUUCUGGAUGGCCAUCAGCAACUUCCACCCAAGCACCAGAGAGAGGCUUCCAGCAGAAGACAGGUAUAUGGUGAAUGUCAGUCAAGAUUGAACACCGAAUUCCAAAUUCCACUGGCACUUCAGUCUGGGGUAGAUCAAGAAGAAGACAAGAAAGAGCGUCAAAAGCAAUACCUGCGAUACAGACGACUUUUCAUGGAUAUUGAAAGAGAACAAGUAAAAGAACAACAAAGGCAAAAAGAACAUCAAAAGAAAGCUGAAAAAAUUAAAAAAAAGAAAGAGCAGCAACGUUACGCUGAGGAGCAGAGGAUACUAAGAAUGAACUUCCAUGAAGAGCCAUGUUCAGGAGAGAAGAUGAGUGAGAAAAUAGCCCAGCUACAGCUUGAGGAAGUAAAAGGAGCCAGAGAAAAACAACAACAGAGAGAGAAGGAAUGCCAAAGAUAUACGGAAGCUCUAAGAGCCCAGAUCCAGGAGAAAAUGCAGCUGUAUAAUAUUACUUUACCUCCACUAUGCUGUUGUGGUCCUGAUUUUUGGGAUGCGCAUCCUGAUACCUGUGCCAACAAUUGUAUUUUCUAUAAAAACCCUAGAGCAUAUACCCGGGCACUACAUUCGGUCAUCAACUCCUGUGAUAUCCCUGUGGGGAACUCAGCUCUUCGAGUCGCCAUGCAUAAUUUGGUUUCUGCACACAGACGGACUUUGAAAAAUGUGUAAUGAGAAUCUGAAUCCAACUGUUUUCCCUCCUACUUACCAGGUGGUGACAAUGCUUCCUGUAUCUCUGGAAAAACAAGCUGUCAAAGGGAGGUUCCCCAAGUUCCCACCAUCCUACCUACCCACCUGCCUACCUACCUGUGUAUCUUAGUUCUUAAUAUGGAUAAACUUUUAUUCCAUCUUAGGCCUGCUCUGACUUGUGGCUAGAUCCAGUUCCCUUCCACCUACUUAAGGAAACAAUGCCUCAGCAUUUCUCUGCCUUGUCUUCUGCAUCAUAAUUUCCUCCUCACUCCUAGUCUUCCUAUCAGUAUAUAAAGCUGCUGUGAUUUCUUCCGUCUUUAAAACCAACCAGAGAGAAGAAAACCUAUCUUUCUUCGCCCUGCCUUCCCCUUUACCUACCACCAGCCUUCUCUGCUUCUCUUUCUGACAAAACUCCUUGAGUUGUCUCUACCUCCUCCUCCUGUUCUCACAUUCUCUCUUGAAUGCAUUCUAGCAAGACAUUUGCCUUCAUCUCUCCCAUGAAGAUGCUUUUUUCAGAGUCACCAAUGACUUCCAUAUUGUUAAAUCCAAUGGUCAUUCAUUCUCAUACUUCCUCUUGACCUUUCAACAGAAUUAAACAUUUUUUUUUUGAAGUUUCUUAUCACCUGGCUUCUACAACACCAAAGCUUUUGAUUUUUCUUCCAACUCAACUGGUUAUUUCUUCUUCAUUUCUUUUUGCUGUGUUUUCCUCAUCUU